AUGGCCCAAGGCACAAUCAAGAAGCUCGGCCGGGCAACACCGGCCAAGGUGACGCACUCGAAGCGCCAGGCGUCCAAGGUGGCCAAGCCGAAAAAGACAAAGGCCAGCGUCGACAAGACGCACAAGAAGUUUACGAGCGGCAUGACGGCGCGCACCGAGGCGCUCCUCGGGGAGAGGGCUGGGCAUCUGGAGCUCAUCGGGCAGGGGAAGAAGAAGAAGGGGGAUAAGAAGACGACGCAGAAGGGAGGGUCAAAGAAGUUUGGUUAG